AUGAGUGAAAACAAAGCAGCCUCAAGCACCUCCGUUGCUGAAGUUUCCAAAGUUUUUGAUACAAUUUUAGUCUUAGAUUUUGGUUCCCAGUAUUCUCAUCUAAUCACCAGGAGAUUAAGAGAAUUUAAUGUCUACGCUGAGAUGUUACCAUGUACCCAAAAAAUCUCCGAACUAACAUGGAAACCAAAGGGUGUCAUCCUUUCUGGUGGCCCAUAUUCCGUCUAUGCAGAAGGUGCACCACACGUGGACCACGAUGUUUUCAAAUUAGAUGUUCCAAUAUUGGGGAUUUGUUACGGUAUGCAAGAGUUAGCCUGGAUUAACGGCAAGAAUGUUGCUCGUGGUGAAAAGAGAGAAUAUGGUCCAGCUACUUUACAUGUUGUCGAUAAAUCUUCCCCAUUGUUUGAAGGUGUUGAUAAUUCCAUUGUUUGGAUGUCACACGGUGAUAAAUUGAAUGGUUUACCAACAGGUUUCAAGACCAUUGCUACUUCUAAUAACUCUCCAUAUUGUGGUAUUGCUUCUGAGACUAAACCCAUCUAUGGCAUUCAAUUUCAUCCAGAAGUCACACAUAGUGCAAAAGGUAAAAUCUUACUAAAAAAUUUUGCUAUCAACAUUUGUAAAGCUAGUCAAAACUGGACUAUGGAAAACUUUAUUGAUACUGAAAUUAAUAGAAUUAGAACUAUUGUUGGACCAACUGCUGAAGUUAUUGGUGCAGUUUCUGGCGGUGUUGAUUCUACCGUUGCAGCUAAACUAAUGAAGGAAGCCAUUGGCAACAGAUUCCAUGCUAUUAUGGUUGAUAACGGUGUUUUGAGAAUGAAUGAGGCUGAAAAUGUUAAAAAAAACUUGGGUGAAGGUUUAGGUAUUAAUUUAACAGUUAUUGAUGCUUCUGAAGAAUUCUUGACCAAACUAAAGGGUGUUACUGAUCCAGAAAAAAAAAGAAAGAUUAUUGGAAACACUUUUAUCCAUGUUUUUGAAAGAGAAGCUGAAAGAAUUAAACCAAAGGAUGGCGAUGAAAUCGAAUUUCUAUUACAAGGUACCUUAUAUCCUGAUGUUAUUGAAUCUAUUUCCUUCAAGGGACCAUCUCAAACUAUCAAGACACAUCACAACGUUGGCGGUUUGUUAGAUAACAUGAAAUUGAAAUUAAUUGAACCAUUAAGAGAAUUAUUUAAAGACGAAGUUAGACAUUUGGGUGAAUUGCUGGGGAUUCCUCAUGAUUUGGUCUGGAGACAUCCUUUUCCAGGUCCAGGUAUUGCAAUUCGUGUUUUAGGUGAGGUUACUAAGGAACAAGUUGCUAUUGCCAGAAAGGCAGAUUACAUCUACAUUGAAGAAAUCGUUAAUGCCGGUUUGUACGAUAAAAUUUCCCAAGCAUUUGCUUGUUUAUUACCAGUUAAAUCCGUGGGUGUCAUGGGUGACCAAAGAACUUAUGAGCAAGUUAUUGCUUUAAGAGCUAUUGAAACCACUGAUUUCAUGACUGCUGAUUGGUUCCCCUUCGAACAUGGCUUUUUAAAAAAGGUUGCUUCUAGAAUUGUGAAUGAAGUUGACGGUGUUGCUAGAGUUACAUAUGAUAUUACUUCUAAACCACCAGCUACCGUUGAAUGGGAAUAA